AUGCAAAUUAUUCGCAUCCUUCUGUUCAGUCUCCUCAUAGUAGCAUCUUUGCCCACGAGCAGCAGGAAGACCCCCCAUACGAAUCCUCAGAAGGAGGACCAAAGCGGAAAAAACGAUAAUAAUGGUAGCCAAGCGGACACCUCCACGGGGGGGGGCAACCAUAGUAAAAACGAUGAGUGGGGUGGAAAGAAAGAAGAAGGGGGGAAAUUAGAAAGAGUGGCCCGUGGGGGAGGGGAAGAAGAGGAAGAUUCGUUAGGGCAAUCGGAACAGUUAGACGAUGGUACAGAGGGCCACCCCCCCGAAGGGAAGAAGAACAGCCACCACAACAAGGCCCAACAGAAGAACGGUCGCAGUGGUCACAGUGGUCACAGUGGUCACAGUGGUCGCAGUGGUCGCAGUGGUCGCAGUGGUCGCAGUGGUCGCAGUGGUCGCAGCAGAAGAUAUGAAAGUCGAAGCCAAAAGAAGACGGGGAGCAGUUCGAAUGAAGGAAGUGUAUUCGGAAUCUUCCAAAGUCUCAUAAACAGAGAUAAGUCUGGGCACAACAUUAAUGUAAAGCAGGUGCCUUUUUAUCGGGAAAAAGGUUACAAUAAAGAUGGAAUAUCAGAUGAGAAAAAACUGGCUAGCCAAUUUGUGAAGACUCUACAGAAGAGCGAAAUGAAUCAGACAGUUGAGGGUACCAUACCCAUUGGAAGCAUGGACAAAGCGAAGGAGUGUAGAUACAGCUAUGCUCUCUUUGAACAAGGAGUGAAAAAGGAAAUGGUACUCAACAGAUCCUUGGAGGAGGAAGACAUCGUCGAGGAAAGUACAUCCGUGGAAGAAGAACAAUCGUCAACUGGGAGUGGUCAUCAGGGGGAAGAGGAAGAAAAGGUUGAUGAAAGCGAUGGCAUUGGAAAUGACACUGGGGAGGAGGCCGAAGGAGGGGGCACGCGCGACUUCCUAAACUUUGAGAAGGAAUUCAUGAAAAGGGAAGAAGAGGCCGAACAGGAUGGGGAGAAGGAAGCCAGCAUGCCCAGCUACAACGAAGGCAGUGCGAAGGGGAAAGCGGGAGAUGACACCGCGGGGGGAGCGAUAGGGAUGAAAAAAGGUCCAAGUCAGAAGGAGCAAAAUAAGAAGAGGAACUCAGUAACUCAGACGGGUGAUAAUGCAACUAGUGGUUUUAAGAGCGGUGAGGGUGAAUAUGAUUACACGAUGAGGAGCAUUCCUACGGAACAGAUGGACGAACAGGACGUACUACUAAUAAACAAGCCAGAAGCAAUAAAGUAUUUCUUCGAGGUAUUGACAGAGGUAUUCGCCAUUAUCAAGCUGGGGGUGAUUCAUCGAUUCACCCACGUUGUUAUUCCCAUAAAAGAUGUAAUCGUGUCGAAGACACUACGUCAAAUAGAGGUGGUCCUAAUGACCAUGUUAUCUGUGCACAGACUUGGAAGUCACAAGUACAGAAAUACAUAUGGACUUGGCAUCAUCACACUUCUUCUGUACCUGUUGAUAUACCUCAUCAAGAGAUACAUAUAUAAGGGGGAAAGCAAAAGGAGAGAAGAGAAAUGCGGCUCUAAGGCAGAUGAUAUAUAUGUAGUGAAUCUUUUAAGAAGAAUACUAUACUUGGUGGAGAAAAAGAAGACCGCGAACAAUUCGGAAGAAGGGGUUCUUAACGAUGUUCUUUACAACACGGAGACCUUACUAGCCACAACCAAUAUCACAAACAAAGAGAACAAACAGAUCUACACAGACAUGAUAGCUAGCAUUAACAACCUUGGUAUAUUUACAUACGUUUCAACGCAGGCUUUAAAAAGUAUUAACCACAAAUCUGAUUUGUUAAUAAAUGGGUUCAGUGGAGGGAAAUCUCUCAGAGCGGGAGAAGAGGAGGGCAUGUUAGAUGUGGACAUGGACCUCGAUAUGGACCUAGAUGUGAAUGCCCUGGAUGGUAGUGCGUUGGGUGGUAGUGCGUUGGAUGGUAGUGCAUUGGGUGGUAGUGCAUUGGGUGGUAGUGCGCAAGGUGGUAGUGUGUUAGGUGGAAGUACACUUGGUGUUAAUUUAGGAGGGGGCAUGGGGGCUGCUUUAAGAAAAAGGGUCUUUCCCAACGUUGUGGGGAUGGGUCUACCGAACGGUAUAGGAACUGUCUUACCAAGUGGCAUAGAGCCUCCGCUCCCAGCAGAAGUAGGUGGUAACAUGAUGGACGACAUUUACAACGUAAACAAUAUGCAAAAUAAUUUUGGCGACGACUCCAUGUAUGGAGAGAGCAUCAUGAGGAAUAAAAUCCCAUACAACAUGUUCCAACAACAUAAUGAUACGUUCCAGGAGGAAGACCUACGAGCAUACAAGAACGGCAAUUCCAAUUACGGUUUCGUUAGAGAAGGUCAUGGUGCAAAUAGUGGAGGUAACUUCCCAUACAAGACUUUGAAGGCUGGAGGGGGGGUGACUCAUUUUUCUGAAUUCGAUCCCCCCCAGGAGUAUCCAAAACAGGAGGAUAAUUUUCUUAAGGAAGACAUGAACAGUAGAAACAGCAUUUCCCAUGUGUCGAAAUCGUCCAAUCCAAUGAACCCGCAGGAGAUGAUUAAUGAGGAUGGAGAGAAAAGGAGUGAUGGUAAACAGAGAGGAGUGGAUCCUCCUGCGAUGAUGUACAUGUCCAGCGAGCAUCUCCCCGACGCUCUGAAGGGAGCGCAUAAUGGGGCUCCACAAAAUACCCUUCAAAGUGGCCAACAUAACACUCCACCCAAAUCCCCCCAAAAUCCCCCCCCCUCUGUCCAACCUCCUACACAUGUUCCCCCUGCACAUGUUCCCCUUCCACCCAUGUUCCCCUUUGUCCAUGAUAUAAAUAACUCUCACAUGAACCGCAAGGGAGACGUGCAUACAAAGAACUACGCCGAUGAGGUCGGUCCCUCGAAGAAAACGUCUACCGGGUUGAAUGUUAGCCCUCCAGAGAAAAACACCGACUCAGGGGAUAGCCUCUUCCAUGUACAUGGAAAGCUAAACAUGAUGAAUGCUACCCCCCCGGGGGAAACUAUCUCCAGUGUGAGCAACCCCCCCAAGAAAAAGGACGAAUUGCCAGGCCCGCAGGCAGCCUUUUUUGAUGACCCCCAAAGUGGAGCGGCCUCCCCGCCAAAGAAAGACUCCCUCCAGAAUUACGCACCUCCCCCCCUCGCGUACAUGCCACCAACCCAUGAAGUACUGGAAGGAGCGCCCAACCGGAAUCAGAAGUACUUAACACAGAGAAAGGAGAGGCAAAAAAUCGUAGCAACGAAGUCUCCCUUUAAUUAA